UAUCAAUAUUCUUCCCUUUUAAAAAAAAAAAAAAAAACAGAAACUGCUUAUUUGAUCUUUCUAGAAACCAAAACCAAAAGCUCUGUUUUUGUUCUAAAUCUUGAUGCUUUUAUUUUCUUUUGUUUUUCUUCACUGGGGUAUUCUGUUUGUUUCUUGGAUAUAGCUCUGUUUUUUUUUUCUUGGAAAGUUGAUUCCUUUUAUCAUUUUUCUGUUAAAAAAAUAAAGAAUUGUAGUUCUGAUUUCCACGCUAGAAAUUCUUCCACUAAAUAUCCAAUCUUUAGCACAGCAACUGUGGAUUUCUGUUGAAAAGACAAUAGAAAGGAAAACAAAGAAGAAAAGAGAGUUUCUAUUGCAUUUCUUGAUUUUCUUGGAGCUUUAUUUGCCUUCAGAUGUCUGUUUUGCUUUGUGGGUUUUCUUGAUUUAACUUCAAGAAUUAACGUUGAAUUUUGAUUUCUUGAAUACUGAUCAAAGCAGAUGAUUAGUGGAGGGAAAUAUUGAGUUUUCUUUAAGUUUAGAGCACAAGAAGAAAGAAAGGAAAAGCUUAAAACAGAGUAGAAGCAAGAAACAGCACAUCACUUUCUUUCUUUGAAUUGAUUUUCUUUUCUCCGGAAAUUGCAGCAAUCACUGGUUUUGCUGGAUUUUGACAUCAUUGCUAAUUUUACCAGCCAAAGACUUUAUCUUUCAAACAGAGAGAUAAAAAAAAAAAAAAAAGAUAAUUUCUUUAUUUUGAGUUUUUAAUUUUAUAUAUAAUUUAGCUGUCCAAACGUCAAAAAAUAGAAGUCUCCUUGCAUUUCUGUUUCUCCUCGUCACUUGUUUUCUUUUAUUUUCUUUCUUUUCCAUCUCUAAUAAGGAAAUCAAAUCCCGAUAAUUUCUCUUUUCUCUCUCUCUCUCUCUCUUCUUUCUCUUUCUCUGCUUUCCUCUGUUUAUUUUUUUGUUUCUUUUCUUUUCUGGGUUGGGAGGGAAACUUAUAUUUCUCUCCUUUCUUUCUCCCCUUCUCUCUGUAUAUCUCUAUCUCUCUCUGUAUCAUAUGAAAAGAAACAUGAUCUUUGACAAGGGGUCAGCGCAAUCAAACCUUGAUUGUUUCCUUCAUUGCACAACCCCAUUAGUCCCAUCUCAAUUCCUUCCAAAGACAGAGAUUAGGAAUUUGAACCGUUUAUGGCACCCAUGGGAAAGAGAUACAGUUGAAUAUUUUACAUUGGGUGAUCUUUGGAAUUGUUUUGAUGAAUGGAGUGCUUAUGGUGCCGGUGUUCCUAUUGCUUUGAAUAAUGGUGAAACUUUAGUUCAGUACUAUGUUCCUUAUCUCUCUGCCAUCCAAAUUUUCACUAGCAAUUCCUCUCUCAAUGGUUUCAGGGACGAGAUUGAAUCUGGUGAUGGCGAGACCAGGGAUUCAUUUAGUGAUUCUUGCAGUGAUGAGAGUGAGAGUGAUAAAUUAUGGAGGUGGGAUGGAUGCUCUUCUGAGGAAGGAGGAUUUGAGCAAGACAACCAUUGGCGUCUCAAUGAUCGAUUAGGCCACCUAUAUUUUCAGUAUUUUGAGAGAUCAACUCCUUAUGGAAGAGUUCCUUUGAUGGAUAAGAUUAAUGGAUUGGCUGAAAGAUACCCAGGCUUGAUGUCAUUGCGCAGUGUGGAUCUUUCGCCAGCUAGUUGGAUGGCUGUGGCUUGGUACCCUAUCUAUCACAUUCCCAUGGGAAGAACCAUAAAGGACUUGUCAACAUGCUUCCUCACAUACCAUACCCUCUCUUCAUCUUUUCAAGAUAUGGAUCUAGAUGAUGACAUUGAUAGUCCUGAAAGGAAACGAAAGGAAGGGGAAAGCAUCUCUCUGCCCCCAUUUGGUUUAGCCACUUACAAGAUGCAAGGAAAUGUAUGGAUCUCAGGAAAUUGUGGCCGGGACCAAGAGAGGCUGGUUUCACUUUUUAGCGUGGCAGAUUCAUGGCUAAAGCAACUGAGGGUCCAGCACCAUGACUUCAAUUACUUCAUGGGAAUUAGGCGUGGCUAAAACCACUGCUUUUCAAAAUUGCACUUUUGAAAUCCCAUGAUAAUAUUUGAUCACUAAAAUCCUCUUUUUUUGUUGGAUUUUUUGGUUUCGUGCUCGAGAGUCAGGGGGGCCGUGAUGUGUGAAGAUUGUACUUGGUUGUCUUUAUGAUCGAGCUUCCCGUAUAAGCUUUUCUUAGGAGCUAAUUCAUGUAUCUCAGUUUGAUCAUCAAAGAGGGCACGUGAGAUGAGAAUUUAACCCUCUUUUUUUUUUUUUUUUUCCUGCUCUUUUCAAGUGGUUAAUGGAGCCUGUGUAGAGUGAGGGAUGAAGUCUCAGAGAGAGAGAAAGAGAGAGAGAUAGAGAGAGCGAGUGCUCUUUAACUCUGAAACCUUUUCUAGAAUGUGUAAAUUCCUGUUGAACAUAAUGGAACCAGUGGAAAUGAGGAAAGAAUUGAUGGCUUUUGCGAAUUA